AUACUUAGAGCACAGACUGACUGUGAAACAGGUCGAGAACCCAUGUCUGCCAUGAAGAUAACAGGUGUUUUUGUGCUUCUUGCCCUGGCGGUUCUCUGCUUAGCAGAUGCUGCCCAAAAGGAUGAGGUAGACUGCAGUGAAUACAGGAGGUUAGAGAGAGGAAGACCUAUUUACUGCGAAAAGCUCUACGAACCUUUUUGUGGCUCUGAUGGGAAAACAUAUAACAACAAAUGUUCUUUCUGCAAGGCAGUCCUGAAGAGCAGAGGAGCCUUACGUAUGAAGCAAGCAGGUGUAUGCUGAAUUAAUUCUGCAUGACAGAGAAGAAUGCCAAGAACAGCUUUACACUGCCUUAUCGUGAUCUCCUAAUUUAAUUUCAUUCAUCCUGUACUAAUAAAAGCGAACAGAUCUCCACGUACACCUUUCAGCUGUGCUCUGAUGUCUGCUGCUUCUCCCUGCUCUGGAGCGCAGGGGCUGACACAUCUGUCAUCCCUGCAAAUCUUCCUCUGGAUACCCAUAAGCAUUCCUCUUUCUGCAGCAUGUUGGUUUUCACGUGAGCACUGCAUGAUGCAUUUGUCUCCAUAGUGAAAGUUCAAAUCCCUACAUUGCCACCUGCAGGCAUUGCUCAGUUUUCCUUGCUGGAGCUUGCUCCAACUCGCUCUUUUCAGACGCUUCCUUUCAAAAGCUUCAGCUUCCCAAUGAAGCGCUCAGGCUCCUCCAGUUUUGUAGCUAAAUUUUUGAUUCUCCUUUUCCUUUUGACUUUGUACAAUUCUGAUUCACAUACAUUGUGUAACUUCUUAGAUUGCAUGUUUAUUAAAACAAACGUAGGCUCUUUUCUUUUUGUCUGUGGUGACCUCUCUAGAGAAUAAAUUUGUUGUAUCAGUUAUUCACAAAUGAGACGUGGAGUCACAGAAACUAGUUACAGAGCAGGAGCCAGAGGCAGUGUGCUGGCAAAGCAAAGAGCUCAAGACAACUGUUGUAAUAUUAGCAAAACACACUAGAUGGCCCCAUGUUAUUGAAAUUUACCCUGCAAUCAGGCCCACUUUUUCCUUCGAAUGAAACAAAACCAUAAAUGUGCAGGACUGUGUAAGCUUUGAAGCUGUGUCUCUGUUAAACCCAGUAACGUGAUCUAUGAAUGAUUCUUUUAAUUUCUGAUAACUUGGCUGCUCUCAGACCUGAAGAAAACUGUGUUCUACUAUUAUGUCUGUAUUAUCUUCAUUAUCAAGCUGCCCUAUGUCUUUGACACUUAAAUAGUCAGCCAAGGGAGCACAUUUUCCACAAUUAAAGCUUAUUAAUGAAUGAAUUUACUGGAAUUACAUCUGAAGAAAACUUUGGAACUGGAAUGUAAGACUCAUACUUUAGAGGAACAUAAAAUCAGACAGGAAACUUCUGUCCUUGCCUUUGAGGAUGAGAUACCAGAAAGCUGAG